UUGGAAAAAUUGGUGUCAGAUGAUAAUCUUCAACCUGUUGUGUCUACUGGACAAAAGCGAAAAAAAAAAAUUUUAUCAUUAUCAUCAUUAUCAAAAAAGAAUAAAGAAUCGAUCGCUCCGCCUGUUUCAAAGAAGGCCAAAUCCUUCAGUGGUGAUGUGAAGGAUGACGAUCCAUUCAUAAGUAAGAAUAAGGUCGAAGGACCUACA